AUGACUGUGAAUAGUACCGCAGACUUGAAAUCCAAUGGCAGCAAACAUGCUACCGUCAACGGUGCCAACGCCAACCUGAGUGGCAGUGAUUCACCGGCCGUGGCACGCUACAGCACAACUGAGACUUCAUCACAUGCUCACAUCAACGGCGCCUCGAACGGUGCCAAUGGCAGUCACAUUGAUCAAACCGCCAGUGAAGCACCCGAAACAAAUCGUCAGAGGCUUCGUAUAACCAUCAUAGGUGCUGGUGUAUCUGGGAUUUCGAUGGCCUACAAACUUCAGAAGCAUCUCAAAGAUUAUGUCGAGAUACAGAUUCUUGAAAAGUCACCGGAGCUUGGCGGGACAUGGUUCGAAAACAGGUACCCAGGCUGUGCCUGUGAUGUCCCCAGUCACUGCUAUCAGUUCAGCUUUGCGCCAAAUCCUGACUGGUCACGGUUUUAUGCCUCAUCCCAAGAGAUUCAAGCAUACCUCGACGGCGUGGCACGACAUUUUGAUCUGCACAAGUUCAUAAAGUUCAAUACACUAGUAACAAAAGCAGAGUGGUCAGAAGAUUCCGGCACGUGGUCCGUAAACACCGCGGACGGGUCGACUCUCGUAUCCGAAAUUCUCGUCAACGCCAGCGGCAUUCUCAACAACUUCCAAAUGCCCAACAUUCAAGGAUUCGAGAAUUUUGCCGGGCCUGUACUUCAUACGGCCAAUUGGGACUCGUCCGUCAACCUAAGCGGCCAAAGGGUCGGGGUCAUUGGGGCGGGCGCGAGUUCCGUCCAACUCCUCCCCCAAAUCCAAACAGAAGCGAGUCAGAUCAGUGUCUUUAUCCGGACUCCGUCGUGGAUUUCUCCGCCAGUAGCCCUGUCAGAGGCCAAUAAACCCGGGCAUACCUAUGGCACUGAUGAGAAGAGGGCGUUUAGAGACGACGGAGAGGAUUAUCUUGAAACCAGGAAGGGUCUGGAAUCGCAGUUCAAUGGAAUGUUUCAGGCCUUCUUCAAAGCGGAUCCAGGGCAGAAAAACAUGCGUCAGCGGUUCGAGACGAGAAUGAGGAGUCUCAUUCAAGACAAGGCCUUGCAGGAACAGCUCGUUCCCAAGUUUGAAGCAGGGUGUCGACGGAUCAACCCCGGCGAGAGGUACCUACUUACACUACAGGAGCCAAACGUCGAACCGGUAUUUGACGGCAUCGAAAGGAUUACGUCAAGCGGUAUUGUCGCGGGUGGUAUCGAGUACCCUGCCGAUGUUUUAAUCGCUGCGACUGGCUUCAACACCUCGUUCCGACCCCGUUUCCCGAUUCUUGGCCGCAACGGCGUCAACAUGCAAGAUCUGUGGGCCGAUGAGCCAGUGUCAUAUUUUGGGACAGCUGUUUCUGGGUUCCCGAAUUAUAUGGUUUUCUUGGGACCCAAUACACCGAUAUCGAACGGAAGUCUCAUGGGUCCUAUCGAAGCGACGGGUGACUACUUCAUCAGAAUCCUCUCAAAAGUAAUCAGACAGCGCGUCAAAUCCUUUGAUGUGAGGCCAGAAGCGCAAAGCGACUUUGACAGGCAUACCCAGGAGUUCAUGAAGCACAUGGUGUGGACAGGCACAUGUCGCAGUUGGUUCAAAAAGGGAAUCACUGGAAAAGUCAGCGCCCUUUGGCCUGGGAGCUCUCUCCACUACAUGCAAUGCCUGGCCGAGGAUCGGUGGGAAGACUACGAGUGGCGCUACGACCGCGAGAGGUACUCGUACUGGCGCGACGGCUUCUCCUGGAUCGAGCAGCCCGAAAAGGAUCCCUUGGGCAUCGAGCAGCGCGAGUAUGCGACUUGCAUGACCACCAUUCCCCACAGGUCCUCUGAUCUCAGCUUCUACCUGCAAAAGGCCGAGCCUCUCCCGCCAGGCGUAAUUGCGUUUAUCCCUCAUGCUCACGAACAGAAGCAGUAUGUUGAAGGGGAUUUGAAUGUGGCGAAAAAGGUCGAGGACUAUGUCAAGAAGGAAGCAUCAGAGGUUGCCAAAGACCAGACUUGUGCAUCUGCUGAGAGUAUCCAGAACAUCGAGGCUAUCAGGCCGAGUGUUAUGGUUCCGGUCUAA